AUGAGUGACAAUUACACAACACAAAGUGGAAGAGAAAUCAAGAAAAUCGGCUAAAAAUCAGGUGUUAAAAACGCUCUAGCUUAACUCAGAGCUGCUAGAGAGGGUGGAGAUAAGAGAACUGAUUAAUAUUAAGUCGAAGAGGCAAAGAGAAUUUUCGAAGAGAUAGAUGCUGAUGAAUAUGAAAGAAUUUAAGAUCAAAGGAAAAAUGAUGAUUUCAUUGUUGAUGAUGAUGGCUUUGGCUACAGAGAUCAUGGAGGUGAAAUCUGGGAAAGAGAUGACAACGAAGAGGUUGGCGGUAAAAAGAAAAAGAGAAAGCUUGAUCCAAAUGAACAGCACAUUACUAACUUUAUGAUGCCAGCUUCAACUAUCAGAAAGAACAAAGGAACCGGCAAUUCUAGCAAUAUAUAGAUAAAGCAAAAGCCUAAGGUUACAGCUGAGCAAUCUAUGGACAUUAUGAACAAUUUGCUAUAAGAACUAGAUAAUAAAGAUGUCGAUGAGUUGGAAGAUGUAAACGCAUCAGCAGUUAUGGCUGAGCUUAACAAACCAAUAGCCUUUAACAAGAAUGAAGAACUUUUGAACAAAUACGGAGUAACUUUAGAGUCUAAGCAAGAAAUAUAAGUGAAAAGACAACUUGAAUAGCUACAGCAUGAACAGACUAUUGGCUAACACUAAUAAAACGCGAAUGUAUUUUCAAAGAAAAGAAAGCUAGAUGAAAUUUAACAACCUUAAGUAAAAAAAGAGCAUUAAGAACUAAAUAAAAGUAGGUAGACUGAAACUAUUAUUCAUCAAUCAAGUAACACUAGCUAUUUCGAUGCUAAAAGUUAGCUAUCUCAUGACUAAUCUAUGGAAUAUCAAUCAGCUGUUGAUGAUUCUAAGAUGUCAGAAAGUAGCUCAGCAUAGAAAAAUGCAAUGAAUGAAGGUCCUAUAGCAUUCAGUAAAAAUUAAACUAAUAUGUCUGCAUCUAAGAAUGAUGAAUGGGCUUAAAUCAAACAUCAGAACUAAUAAGCUCAUUAAGAGUUCAAAACUAUGGAGUAAAAAUCAGCUAUGGAUAUUUAAGAAUUCGCUCUCCCAUUAAAUCAAGAUGGCUCAUUAUCAUUCUACUGGAUUGAUGCACAUGAGGAAAAUAAUGGUGCUGAUUUAUUCAUAUUCGGAAAAAUCUAUCAACCAGAGAUCAAUUAAUACGUAUCCUGCUCAAUGAAAGUAAAUGGAAUGUAAAGAGAGAUAUAUGCGCUUCCUAAAAUGCAAAAGGGUAAAGCUAGAGGAACUUUGACAAGAGAAGAGGAAAAUCAACUGGUUAGAGGUGUACAACUAGAACUAGAAGAUAUUAGAAAGAAAAGAUUCUAGGGUAUUACUAAAUGGAGAUGCAAGCCAGUUACUAGAAAAUAUGCAUUCGAAAUGCCUAUUCAACAUGGAGAGCAUUUGUUCUUGAAAAUCAAGUAUGAUGCAACAUUUAUCCCUCUACCAAGUACUGUUUAAGGAAAUACAUUUGAAUGUUUAUUCGGCUCCAACUAAAGCAUGCUUGAACUCUUCAUUCUUAAAAGGAAAAUUAAAGGACCCUGCUGGAUGACAAUAAAAAAUCCAAAGAAAGUUACUGACUUCAAGAAAACAUGGUGUAGAUAAGAGAUUGAAAUUGAUAAUCCUAAAAAUGCAGAGGUUACUUUAGAUGAUCUUAACAAAACUGAUAUCCCACCACUAACCUCCUUAACAUUCGCAUUCAAGACUGCCAGAUCUCAGAAUAACACAAAUGAGAUUGCUAUGAUUUCUUGUUUGGUUCAUAACAAUGUUAAUCAGGAAGGGCCAUCUUAGACUGACAAAUUUUAGACAUUUACUUUGGUCAGGAAGCUCGAUGGCAAACCAAUGCCAUUUGAUUUUGACCAAAAGCUUAGAUAGAAGAAAGAGAAUAUUUAAUACUUCACUAACGAGAGAUAAAUGAUAGACCUAUUUGUAACUAGAAUUUUCUAAAUUGAUCCAGAUCUUAUUGUGGCUCACAACCUAUGUGGGGGAAUAUUCGAUCUCUUACUUGCUAGAAUUUAAAUACUUAAAAUUAACCACUGGAGCAGAAUUGGUAGAUUUAAGAAAGGAAACAUUCCUACUAAGAAGUUUGAUACUGGUGGUGCUAAUUACGGAGGAUCCUAAUGGAUUCCAAGAUAAGUUACUUGUGGUAGAUUGUUAGUUGAUACUUUCCUCUCUGCCAAGGAGCUGAUCAGAGAAACCAACUAUGACCUUACUCAUUUGACAAAAGUCUAGCUCAAGAAAGAUAGAUAAGAUUUUGAUGAUGAUUUGCUACCUCAGUUCUAUUUAGCAUCUGAACGCAUAUUCUAGCUCAUCGAGCAUUCUGAGAAAGAUUCCUACUAUACUUUUAUGCUUAUGCUUCAUCUAUCAAUUAUCCCCUUAACCAAACAACUAACUAACAUUGCAGGUAACUUAUGGUUCAGGUCUCUCUAAAACGCCAGAGCUGAAAGAAACGAGAUGCUUUUGUUGCAUGAAUUCAAGAAGAAGAAAUUCAUUUUGCCAGAUAAAAAGCCACCUAAUGCUAAAGACCUUAGAAGAGGAUUUAUGGGAGAUGAAUAUGAAGAGAACGAUACCAAAGGAGGAGGGAAAAAGGGAGGUAAAAGAAAGAAGGCAAAGUAUGCUGGAGGUCUCGUUAUUGAACCAAAAGCAGGUUUCUAUGACAACAUUAUCUUACUUCUGGAUUUCAACAGUUUGUAUCCCUCAAUUAUUCAAGAGUACAACCUCUGCUUUACUACAGUAAAUAGAAGACCAACCAAGAACUACGAUGGUAGUGAAUUGAAAAAUCAAUUCAAAUCUGCUGAUAACGCUGAAGGAGAUGAAGUCGAAGAUGUUGAUCUUCCAGAUAAGAAUGUAAACAUCAAGGAUGCAGUACUUCCAAAUGUACUCAGAGAUUUGGUUUAAAAGAGAAAAGCUGUCAAGGAAAAGAUGAAGAAUGAAAAGGAUCAGGUGAAACUCUAACAACUUGAAAUCAGAUAGAAAGCUAUUAAGCUGACUGCUAACAGUAUGUAUGGUUGCUUAGGUUUUAGUUCCUCCAGAUUCCACGCUUCAGCUAUUGCAGCUCUGAUUACAAAAACAGGUAGAGAAACUCUUCUUAGAACAAAAGAUAUUGCUGAGAAUAAGUUAGGCUUCAAUGUAGUGUAUGGUGAUACUGAUUCUAUUAUGAUCAAUACUGGUACUAAUCAACUUCAGUAAUCACUUGAGAUGGGCAAAAAGCUUAAAGUUGAAGUUAACUGUCUCUAUAAAUGCCUUGAAAUAGAAAUAGAUGGCGUUUUCAAGAGUUUACUUUUACUAAAGAAAAAGAAAUAUGCUGCUUUGAGGUAUGAAGGUGUUGGCUCUAAUGAAGUCAAAGUAAUUCAAGAAAUGAAAGGUCUUGAUAUGGUCAGAAGAGAUUGGUGUCCUCUCUCAAAGUCUAUUGGAAAUUAUGUUCUCAGCCAAAUUUUAUCUGGCAAACAAAGGGAAGAUGUAGUAUUCAACCUGAAUGAAUACCUAUCUGAUAUUGGAGAGAAAAUGAAGAGCAAUAGAAUCACUCUAGAUCAAUUCAUCAUAACAAAGCAACUUACUAGAGCCAUUUCAGAGUAUUCUGAUAUCAAAGGAUAACCACAUGUGGCAGUUGCUCAAAGACUUAAAAAUUAAGGAAAGAGUGAGGCAGAUCUUGUCAAUAAUUUCAUCCCUUAUGUUAUUGGAGCUCAAGCAUUUGAUACAGCUAAGUCAAACCCUCAAUUAUCAGAUAAGGCUUAUCAUCCAGAUGAGCUCUUAUCCUCCAAGGGUAAGAUUACUCUUGAUAUUGAUUGGUAUAUUACUACUCAGAUUCUUCCUCCAAUUACUAGACUUAUUGAGCACAUCGAUGGUAUUAAUAUCGAGUUCGUUGCUCAAUGUCUUGGUGUUGACCCUAAGAAGUAUAAAUAUCACUCUGAGAAAAAGAAUACAGAUGAAAUAGGUGAUGAUGGUGGAUCAAUCUAGAAUCCUAUUCUUUAAACUGAAACUGAAAAAAGUCUAAAACACAGAUCAAUUGCUGAGCUUAAAGUGAAAUGCCCAUCUUGCACUCAUAAUUAUGACUUUCCAGGUAUUUACCAAGAAGGAAAAGAUGUGUCUGGUUUAAUAUGCACUAAAUGCAAUGCUAAGAUACCAGAAAAAUAUGUGAUGAACAGAGUGAAUCUAUUUUUGAAGCAGCUAUUAGCUCUAUAUUACUAAGGUAAAUACGAGUGCUAAGAGCCCUCUUGCAAGAGUAUGACUCGUUAACUCCUCUAUCAUAACAAAUGUGUUAAUCUAACUUGUAAGGGUAAGAUGGUACCAGAAUACUCAGAGCAUCAAACAAACGACACACUCAGAUAUCUUCAAGGUCUCUUUAACAUUAAAAAACACCUUCAUGAAAACAGCAAAAAUGAUUCAUUAAAGGUUGAAACCGACAUCCCAUUCUAUAAUGAAUAUAAUGUUUUACAGACAAAAGUAGAUGAACUAAUGAAUAGAAGUAAAUAUAACAAGGUUGACCUAGGAAGUAUAUUUGGCUUCAUGAGGUAGAGCAAUAAUAAAAUGGCUGUAAGUAGUACGGCAACUGCUUAAUGA